AUGGCUGACGAGGCAGAUCGGCCUUUGUUGGAUGGGCGGGCCAGGUCCUCUUCACCUGACCUGACCGCAAGCAGACCCGCUCGUCCAAAUCAACAACGUCGAUCAUUCGAAAUAUCAUCCGAGUCUACGCCUCUUCUUCAUCGCCGAGAUGAUAUUAUUGCUACAUACGGAACUGAAAACAGACAAUCUCGGCCAUCGUCUAUUACAUCUAAUGGAGCAGGAUCUCUAGAUGACGGGCCUCCUAAGAAGAGUCGAGCACGGUGGCCAACGAUUAUAUCCCUCACGCUUCUAACUACUGGAGUCCUGUCCAUCUUGGUAUUUGCCUUUGCAGCACCAGCCGUGGUCAAAGAGUAUUCACAGGAAGCUGCAGUGUUUGAACCCACAAUGCUCUCGAUUGACUCGACGACUCCAGACGGAGUCCGUGCCAGAAUCCAGGGAGAUUUCGUUAUGACCUCGGAUCGUGUAAAGAGCAAAACGGUCCGCAACAUUGGCCGGUUUAUGACUUGGAUUGCAAGAGAGGUCGAAACCGGUCAGUCGGAUGUCGAUGUAUACCUACCGGAGUAUGGAAAUGUCUUGAUUGGAAGCGCGGUGGUGCCAAACAUCAAAGUGAACAUUCGCAAUGGCCAUCACAACAAGCUUGAUUUUCUGGCUGAUCUCAAGGCCGGCGAUGUAAAAGGAAUCCAAGGGAUUGCAAUGAAUUGGGUGGAGGGUAGACUGGCUCGUCUUAGAGUAAAAGGGAAGGCGUCUCUACAUUUGAAGUCAGGUUUAUUACGCCUUGGAACUCAAAUCUUGACAGAUACAAUUACAAUUGAAGAAAGCGACUUCCCGGCCUUGCCAAACAUGAACCUUGUCCAAUCAAUAGUGCAUGAUGGGAACAAUGGAACAAUGGAGGUCGAGGCUCUAGCGGGUGCCAUGCUUCACUCGCCUGUCGCCAUCACAAUUCCUCCUCUUGGGUUUGAUAUCCUUCUACCCAAUUGCUCCCCACGUGAUCCAUACAUUCUCGCCGCCAGUGCUCAAAGUAGGGAAGUUCACGUUGAGCCAAACCAGCUCACCAACAUGACUGUCCAAGUUCUGGUCAAGGAACUCCCUGAUGCAUUGACAUCAGUCUGCCCUGGAGCGAAAACCUCUCCCCUGGACUUACUGGUGUCCAACUACAUCAAAGGCAAAGAAAACAUGAUAUACGUGCGUGGAGCAGAUGCGCCAUCUUCUCAAACUCCGAGCUGGAUGGUGGAGCUUUUCCGCAGCGUCACAGUCCCGAUACCCUUCACCAAUCCUGCAGUGGACAAUUUAGUGAAGAACUUCACCAUGACAGACACGCACUUUUCUCUCCCUAGCCCAUUCGCAGACCCAGACAGCCCUGAGUCUAAACCCACCAUCUCUGCGUUGGUCAAGUGUCUCGUGGCCCUCCCAGAGAAAAUGAACCUCCAGGUGGACGUUCCUCAAGUUCGAGCCUUGACAAAUGUCCUAUAUAAGGGCAAGCCGCUCGGUAACCUGAACAUUGACAAAUGGCAAGACUCUAACUCCAAGCGUGUGCAAGACGAAGAUGGCUCCGCAGCAUUGAUGAUAGAAUUCGCUAUCAAGGAGGCACCAUUGCAGGACUUAGAUGAUGGUGUUUUGUCACGCCUUGUUCAAGACAUGGUUUGGGGUAGCAAAGCGGUUAUCCUACAUGUUGAUGCGAAUGUAGAUGCAAAGGUCUCAACUGGCUUCGGCCAAUUUGCCGUACGAGGAAUUCCUGCGGAUGGAGAUGUCGCCCUGGACAGUAUGUUUUCAUGA